AACGUGAAGUGGUCAGGUCAGGUCAGGUCAAGUCAGGUCAGGUUCAACAGCUGGGUCAGCUAGAGGACAUCCCUUCACAGAAUACAUCAUCAUCAUCAUAGUGUGUUCGGUGUAUCCCAGGUUGACUGGCAACAUGCUCCUUUGAGAAACUUGCGCAUAUUCAAGAAAUCAAUCUCCCCUAUCCUUUGAGAUGACAAAAGAUCAAAGACUCACGCUUGUCUGCCCUUUCUCUCUCUCUCUCUUCUUUUUCUUUUCUCUCUCACAUCAAUGCAGACAGAUACCAGGAAGCAAGUGCAGACGAUCUACCCAUAAUUGUCUCAAAACAUCCCCGACUGAUAUUAGCUGAGAAAGACAAAAUGUCGCGGGUAGACGUCAACCUUAGCGUCUAGGGGUAUGUCAUGCAGCUGACCACAGGCCACAAACUGCAGGUUGUUUUUUUUUUUUUUUUAAAAGCGAACUGCCAUACUUUCCCAACAUAUGUGCUCAAGGAAAAGCCAUUUAUUUAUCAAUUGUUUUACAAAGCUUUUCCGGCGCCGUCUAGAAACAAAGAACGUGUGGUCCUCUCUCCCCCAACCCCGGCUCUCCAAAUAUUUACCUAGCUACAGAAUGUAGCUCGUGGGAUCGGUUAUUGCACCGACAGAAAUAGGAAUGAAGUCCCCCAGUCCCAUGCAGGACCCAGUGCAAGUUUGUGGUUACGAGGCUAGUUUCCCAGAAGGAUGAUGUCGAGCCCCCAACCACAGACAGGGAGGAUGUCCCUACGACUUGAUCCUUGCUCAUGAAGAGCUCGACACUCACAGGACACGGAGGUAACGAUGUCCUGGCCACGACCGUCAACCUGAUCUCUAGUCUUUAAGUACGUGGGGAGGGACACCUCAGAAAGGAAAAGGUCGACUAAUAAAACCUCGACCGCCGGCCACAGCCCCUGACUACGAUUCUGUCUGUCUGCUCGCGCGCUCUCAAGCUGCAGCUGUCAUGGUGGUGGUGGAGGUGGUGGUGGUGGUGAUGGUGGUGGAGGCGGUGAUCGGCGCCGACGUGGGGCUCGAGGUUUAUAACAGCCACUGAGCGCAGGCCCUGGUUGACAGACCUUCCUCCCCAUCCCCUCCAACCUCCGUGAACACACGGCGUGCAUCAGACCCGCUGCAGCAGGCGGCGCACAGCACCGCAACGCCACGCAAGCGCAACGCCUUCCACGUCGUGUCCGUAUCAGCUGCUGUUGCUGCUGCUGUAGCUGCGGCGGACUCCAGGACCGUUAUAACCAUCAGUAUCGGCACUACCUGCCGGCUCUCCCCAAUCCAUCCUUUCUCACCGCUCAUCGUCGCCUCGUUCUGGCUUCGGUGCCGAGUCGGCGAACUGUCUCCUGCUAGGACUUGAAGUGUAUGUCGCGAAGUUACACAGUUCUUUCUUCUUACUUUUCUAGGGGAAAAACUUCGUUCGUCAGAUGUUCGUGGAGAAUUGUCUUGGAAAGUUAUGCACGCUCAGUCUAUCUGACAGAAAGUAAAUGUGAGAAAAUUGGAUGAUGAGACAAAACAGGUUUCCGUCAACAAAAGACGACAUUCGACUCCAUGCAGUGACCAGAGAAUGAAAAUUUCACCUUAGCAAGUAUAAAUUUCAUUUAAGAACAUCUUCAGUUAAAAAAACUGUGUGAAAAAACUUUAUUUUUUUUAAAAUUCCUCUUCAAAACCUGCUGACUGAUUUAAUUCCUUUUAUACUUUAUUCUCGCGGAGGUUCUUCGUGGCAUUGUGGUAAAGACUCAGGAUCAGAUAUUUCCUACAACAGAAAUUUUAAAUAUUUCCCAAUAAAGUUUCCCCAAACUGCAGAUUCGACCAGAACAGUGAUGCUGCUGGACCUGGCCUCCCAGUGAUUUACUUGUAACCCCUCGACAACUGGUGCCAACGGCUUCUUUCACGUCCUCCAUCUUCCAACGGCAUGUCUUCUUGCUAACCACGUGACUCUCGACUUUCACGAACUUUCUGAUGUACUUCCCUGAGCCUCGAGCUGCUCUACAGCCAUAGGACAAGAAGUUUUUUGUGACUCCGGACUUUUUUUUCCCCCAUUCUGUCAGAUUAACUUGGUUGUGCACGAAUGAGGGAAAGGUUUGCGCCAGGGAAAAGAAAGAACAACAGGUCUAUGACAAAUCUCAUUACGGUGGCCAUUCUUUUCCCACGAGCGCGGAAAGAAACUUUGUGCGAGGAGCCCUGGAGACAUCCGAGGGUCAGAGGUCGUCCUUCUGAGAUUCAGGCAACAGCGACGAUGCUGCAACCACAAUGAGAAGAGACUAACAGCUAUUGGCUGAAACGCGAAUACAAACACACCCAUACCCACGAUUCCAGCAGAGAUACAUCGUCAACAACAGUCACAACAUCAGACCAACGUCAGACGGUGAACAGCGUCGAGCGACAUCAACAACAAUGAACGUCUCCACCAUCCUCAUCUCCUUCUCCACCACCCCGGCCGAAGGACCUCCUCUCCCCGCCAGGGACGGUUCUUCAGACACGCCAUCAGAAGAAGAAGAGGAUGGAGCGCUGCCCUCGCUGGAACUGAUCAUCCUGUACAUCAUGCUGGGGCUGUUCUUGGUGCUGGGCGUGGUGGGCAACGCCCUGGCCUUCUACAUCUACUACCAGAAGAGGGACAAGACGACCUCCACCCUCUUCAUUCUCUCCCUUGCCGCCACGGACUUCAUCACCUGUCUCAUUUCCAUCCCCUACACGAUCAUCACAGAGGUCGUCCAGUAUCAUCUUGUUUACGACUUCAUCUGCAAAGCCUACCUGUUCUCUCUCACAUUCAACGUCCCUCUCUCGGCCUUCAUCAUGGUGGCCGUGGGGUUCGAUCGCUACUUCUGCAUCUGCCACCCAUUCCUGCACGCCAUGACAGUUAAGCGGGCCAAGAUCUGCUUGGUGUGUCUGACGUUCAUCGCCUGUGUCCUCGGCGUCAUCACCUCGCUUUCAUACGGGGUCUACCAAGAGGAGCAAGUGGAAGUAGUUAUUCAAGAGCUCGUCACAAACUCCUCCAUGCUCAACUUUUCCUCUGCGCCUACCGAUUCCGAGGCUUCUGACGACACCGGAAGUACGCUGUCUACCUCUUUCCUGGGCACCGGAAGCGUGUGGGGCGGCGCUGGAAGUAGCGGCAGUGUGACGGAUGGCGACGGGGGCAGUCGUUCCUCUGACGCGACUCUCUACUCCGUUCUCAACGGCAGCUCCCCCUUUCGUCAGUACACCACAGUGCACGUGGGUGGCGGGGAGACAAACCUGCCGCUGGACGUCACCACAAGACUGACGGCCGGCGGGUCGGACCUCCAGGGCGUCCUAGUGAACAAGACUGUGAACAUCAGCAUGGCUGUGUACUAUGGAAUCUGCGGUACCAGCACGCUGAUCGUCAGCCACAAGUUCAUCAACAUCUACCAAAAAAUCUACGCCGGAACAUUUCUUUUUUCUUUCAUCAUCAUUGCUCUCCUCUACGCCCUCAUCUACCGCUCUAUCCUGCUCCGCAGGGCAUGGAGAGCCAAGCGCAAGAGGAUGAGCUGCUAUGCCAGUGUCACCGGGCCUGACACGGCUCUAGAGGAAACCCAACUGACCAACCUCAACAACGGCAACACCAACGCCGACAUCACUUCCUGCCGGGUGGCCUCCCGCACCUCGUCGGCUCUCCGAGACCGCAUGCUGUACGCCAACAUCAAGACGGCGGCCAUGCUCUUCGUUGUCACAGUCGUCUUCAUCAUCUCUUUCCUGCCUUCAUGGCUGUCCGGGCUUCAAGUCAUCCCCUUCAACAUCAUCCUCUUCAACUUUUACUUCUUCAACAACGUGGCCAACCCUUUCAUCUACGCUUUCAUGAACCGCACCUUUCGAGACGACCUGAAGCAGCUCUUGAGGCGAAUCCGUAACCGACUCUCCAGUUAAUGAAAUAACGAAAAAUGUCAUCUGAACAGAAUGACAAAGGUCACGGCUGUAUCUCUUGUCGAUAAUCAGCUCUCGUGUUUUGCUUAUUCAAAAGACGGUUGCUGUCUUUCUUUAAAGAAAACAAAGAGUCCUUCACCCAGAACUAAAGCUAACAAACCGAUUAACAGUUGAGGCAACCGGUAAAAACUGCGAUAAUUCUUACACCGAUCAAACUUGCAAUGCUGGAUAAUGGUGCAUCAUUUUUAUAUCAUUCGUCAUAUCAAAUAUCGUUUCUUGAGAGAUUCGUGGGCGUUUCCUUAGUUUCAAGUGCCGUGGACAUGAUGAAAGGGAACUGGAAACAUUUGUAUCCAUGCUGCAGGCAGGUUCGCUUCCAAGAAAGACAUCACACAAGGAGUUAACAACACCCGUGUAUUAUCUUCAUAUCAUAGAUUGUUUAAUUUUCACCAAGGAUUAGAAGACUGUGUUUGUGAAAGUAAUUAUGAGAAUGAGAGUUGUUCAGCGACAAGCGCUUAAAAUUAACUUGAAAAAGUGUCAGUCUUAAAUUAAACACUGCUGCUUUACAGAAAUCGCCAUUUCAUAAAUUUUCUAUCGCUGUAUCCCAAAUGGACUGGAAGUACAUCCUCCUCAGAGGUAGGCACAAUGGAAGAACUUUCUGGACCAGACUUCUAUGGUCUGGAAACAGCUCAUCGGUCCUAAUCAUCUUCCACAGUGUGAUUUGGUGUCCAGUCUAUUGCAUUUCGUGGAGGGCUGACAGAUGCAUUGUGUGUGUUGGUGAUAAAAGAAUAAACACUCCGGUGAUGUCAAGAUGUUUACAGGAUAAUUAAUGGUACAUAGCUACCUUUGCUUACCGAAGUGAUCACAAAGGGCUCAAAAAAAAGAACAUCAAAGAAUAAAGAGAGACUGUGAACUGCUGAAAACGAAAACACGAGUUACAAAACAUUAAUAUUGAAAAUCAUAACAAUAGACGAUUAACCCUGUUUUUUUAAACCGAGAACACAAAUAAAACCCUUUUUUUUAUCCACAACAGGAUAUAACUGUGUUUAGAGGGGGGAUGUCACAAAUAUAUGAACGAGAAUUUUAUAAUUGUAUAUCGUCUCAAUAUUUAAACCACAGUGUUCAUCCAAAUAUAAUCUUCGUUACAAUGACUUUUGUGAAGCAGUGGUUGUAGCAUUGAUCAUCGACAUUUAGCUUCACUUUAUCAUUUAACGACAAUUAAGGUUUGUGUGACAUUUGUUCAGCUUCUUUUGGCCAAUGGAACAGUCUGUUUGAUGAAUAAUUUAACUUUUGUUCAUAAACUAUAAUUUUCAAGUUUAGAAUAGGUAUGAACCACAAAAUAUCUGUAUGCGUUAGUGUGUGUGUUAGUGUGUGUGUGUGUGAUAUCCAUACUGACUGUAUGCCAAGAUAGAUCAAGUACAAGUAAUAAUAAUAAUAUAAUAACAAGAUAUAUUUGCUGUUUGUGAUAGUUUUUCUUGGUCUUGGUCUUGUUGCUGAGAAUUAUGACUUAUUAGUGUGAAUUAACAUGUUUUGUAUCUUGCACUUCAAGAUUACAUGAGCAAGUCAGUGUGUACCGAUGGUUGCAUGAAGUUAGCAGUAGCUGACAAGAGUUCGAUACAAGGAAGCAAAAACGGGGAAUAAUAUUUGCAUCACCGAGGUCUUGUUUGUUUGUUUUGUUUUUUGUGGGUUUUUUGUUUGUUUGUUUGUUUGUUUGUUUGUUUGUUUUUGACGAAUUCCGAAACAGGAUUGAUAGUAACCUUGUUAUAAUUUGCAUUGAUUUCAUCAUGUGGAAACCUCUUUUUGAAUCUUCAAGUCCUGGACUGUUUUGAAAUCGUGUCUCCGUCCAAUUGCAUUUAUUGAAAAUUAUUUGAGCUUCAGAACCUUGUGGUGUUGUAGGACUUUGUAACUCUGUAACUCGCCAUUACUCGGUCAUUACCCUAUUACACCGUUACAGUCAGGUGUAUGAACUGUGUUUUACUGGCAGUGAUUGCUGUGCUUUAUUCUCACAUUUAAAAAAGCAUUUAUCGCAACUUUGAUCAAGAAAUUAAAAUUUUUCGUAUUAAAAAUAUCUUCGGAAUGCAAAAUCAUCUGAUAUUCAAUAAAGUACAAUUUGAGGUAUUCAGUAUUUGUAGAAGAAUCUCUGACAAAGAUUUCUCGGUCCAGAUAUCAAUCGAUGCUUUCGAGAAAAUAUCGAACACCACGAAAUUACCAAAACCAUUAUUGCGAUAAUAAGAAAUGAUCAUAGAGAAAACGAGAUUUAGAAGUUGUUUUGUGUCGUUGUAUAUGAUGAUAGAAGAUGUGCAGGCUUCUGUAGCACACGUCGUCAAGUCAAGCGUGGCAUCAUUUGAUUGGAUGGUUGACUGAUUUGAUUGGAAAUACUUCCACGUAGCGGUGAUUUCACAUUAUGGGAGAAGGAGAAGAAAAAUAUAAUGCUGGAAGAAACCCCUGCCCGCAAGGCUUGUGAACCUUUGCUUUAUCCAAUGAGAAGGCCCGAGACAAGAUCUGAACCAGGAACGACGAAUCUUCGAUAGUUUAAAAAAAUGGUUUCAAACAUUUCAGGAGUAGUUCCUCUGUUUUAGAAGUGUGAUUUUCUCGUUGGUUUAGUCUGCAAAUAUAUAAAAGAUACUGAAACACGGGAGACAACAGCUAGUGCAGGAAUUUAUGAAAAGUUAGUCCGUGACCGAUAUUUCUCAUAGCUGAGGGCACAGGUUGCUGGAAGGGUCUUUAUUUCUCUCGUCGAGGUCGUUUUAAUCUGAGAAAUACAGAGAAACAUUUAACUUAGUUUGGCAAAGAUUUCACACCACAGAACUUGCUAGUCUUUAUCAAAACUUUCCCCAUAUUUGUCCUAAGAAAAAAGAACCGACAUGAGUGAUCACGUGGGUUGACAGCAUCAGAAGGUUGUGAAAACAAAUCACGGCUAGAAUUCACAUCCAACCUGUGACCUGCUCCACUCGCAGGCGGGUCAAGCCGAUAACCUUUCAUCGUCCGUACCGCAAUGCCUGCGCUCGUCAGGAAAGUGAGGGGAGAUACAGGCCGAUGUUGUUACGUAAUCAGGUCAAAGGUUAUCAGCUUGCCCAGCCUGCAGACUGUUUAUCGUUCGAUGUGACGUGUGGUAAAGGUCGUAUCCAACUGUCAUGGCUGGCAACAGCCAGUAAGUAAAUUGUGACUGCUUCCUACUUCUCCCUGCUCAGUGUUUUCCCACUUCCUGUUAAAAGACCAGUAGGGUGUGAAAUAUUUUGUGGUGAUUAAAUAAAGCUUGGUUCAAGACGCCAUAUCUGAGCACCAGAAAGAAAUCAACCACACUGACGUCAUGAUUGUACAUGGAUACAUUUGUGUUGUGAAGGUGUCCACCAAAUGGAGAUCAGACAUUGUACGUUGCUUAGGAACACCGUGUUGUCCCGAUUUUUACGAUUUUAGUCGCUCUCUCUCUCUGUGAUGAUAUUUGCUGGGUGUAUAUUUCGAAAUCGAAAGAAAGGUAUUCAUCCAGAUUUGGGAAAAUAGUAUCGUGUACUGAGCUUUACCUAAUCAUCAGCAAAAGUUUUGCGCCCCACUAAUGUUUUAAUGUUAUGAGGGAUUUUUCUUUGAACACAAUGUGUCGGUAAUAACCGAAAGGUCGUUCGUUUUCAUUUCCAGGUAGUUUAGCUCCGACACUUCUUUAACAUGACAGUAAGCAUCCGUCAAAAGUCUCCUGUCACCUGUGCUGUUCAACAUCACAAACUGAUUUGUAAAGUACACUUUGCAGACGACAUGGAUGUGAUAGCAGGCACUAACAAAGAACUGCAAGACUGACCAACAGAAAGACAGUUCGAACAGGUAAAGAAUGGAGACCAGCCCUGGCAUUGGCAACGGUGAUGCAAUGUAGAUAUCUACAUGAACAGAAUACGGUUAGAAGACGUAAACAGGUUUAGUUACUUGGGAGUAGCAAUGGCGAGAGAAAGAAUAGGUUUACCAACCUGACAAAGUGUCCUGAUCGUCCUGUGCAGGACCUGCUCACAUCCACCCGAGACAGGAGUGAGUGGCGGGCCUCUCACCUGCCCAUGUGCUCCCCCCGGCUCCAGUCAAGGGAAGAAUAACUGACAGAGCUCAGAUACAGAAAAUUUUCCAUUAUUUUACUAAUAUGAUCACGUAUAGGUGUUUUAAAUAUUUUAUAUCGAUAUAUAAAUAAUUAUCACCUAUAGAGUAACCGGAUCUACAGUACAAUUAUUUUAAAGUGCACUAAAAAUGUGCCAUCAGCAGUCACUGCCGGUAAACUUACCUUUCGGUGAGAAAAACAAAAAUCGUUUGCCACUUGUACAAGUUUAAACUUGAUGUGUGAAGCAGACGAUACACGUUGUUGCUUGGGAUUGUCGGUUUUGGAUCCGAUGGUCCUGAGGUCCGGUGUCAUUAUGUUUUCGUGACAGUCACCCUUGUGCUAGUCUCUAUACUAUUCGUCUCGUGCUGUUGUUCGUGACUGCAGUGGAUGUUAACUUGUGUAACAAAGUCGUCGAUUGUUUUAGUGACAUUCACUGUAGGACAGCAAAUAAUCGGCAGUACAUCUGUACAUAUAUAUCUUUGCUGGAACAGCAAUUGUGACCUGUAUAGUGAUGACUUCUACAGUCGUGAGUUAUACAAUGAUGAUGAUGUCAACCGUGGUUGACAUUUUGUAAAGGUAAAGCGAUCUGUCAAAUGUUUAUUUCCAUUUAUCCUAUGCUCACAAAGUUGUUUACAACUGCUUACAUAAACACACAUACACACACCUGCAUGCAUUUCUCAUUCACAAAAUAAGCUUUGCUCAGUGUUUUAAAAAAAUCCAUGCCUUCUUGAUGUUCUGUCAGUUCGAUUUGCACGUGUACAAACGACACUAUUUUCAAAUGUUUUGCACUUUGCUUUGAGGUAGGAUGGAAAGACAUGGAGAAAGAGAGAUGAAGAUAUUAAUUAAGUUUUUUCCAGUGUGCGAGCAUGUAUAUGUGCAUUUGUUUGCGUUUGAGUGUGUGCCUAAAAUUGUAAAUGAAGGAGCGGAUAAAAUUAUUACUACCCGUACCGUCCCAUAAUUCUUUAAUCUUGUCAGUUUGUUUUCUCGUCCCGUUCAGUCACACAUUCAAUCCACCCUACACACUGCCUGUUAUCGACAUCUACCCCGGCCUUACUAUGACGUCAUCGCCGACCACCCCGACCACCCAGCUCUUUCUUCCCAUCAGACCACACCCAUCUGUAGUGGAAUUAACAAAUGCUUCUAUGUAGUCCUUGUUCGUUCGUGUGACAAUAAAGAAAAUGUGAAAACGGUUUCUUUCUUUGUGGUUUCU